CGUAUCCCUCCGCGCGGGGCGAGAGGGCCGGAGGGGGGAGUCGGCGCCUCUCUCCCCCGCGCCAGCUCCUGUACACGGAGCCGCAUUCCUCGGCCCUCCCACCCCCCUCCCUCGGGGCGCCCCCCCGCCCCCCUCGGGGAGAAAAAAAAAAAAAAUCCAUCCCCAAUCACUCGAACACGAGGGAGGUUUCCUCGCACCCUCAGGGAGACGAGCUUUCCACGGCUCCCCCUUCUCCUCCGUCUCCCCCCACCCCCCACCCCCGCCAAAGCCCCCGUCCCCUCCCCUCUGCACCCACCCCCUUCUCCCCGGCGCCGCCGAGUGCAGGUCCCUUUAAGGCGACGGCGCCUUCUCCGGGUCAGACUACCGGCGGCGGCGACGACCACGGGAGCAUGGCGGACACCGACCUGUUUAUGGAAUGUGAGGAGGAGGAGCUGGAGCCGUGGCAGAAAAUCAGCGAUGUCAUUGAGGAUUCUGUAGUUGAAGAUUAUAAUUCAGUGGAUAAAACGACUACAGUUUCUGCGAGCCAGCAGCCAGUCUCAGCUCCAGUGCCCAUCGCUGCCCAUGCUUCUGUCGCUGGGCACCUCUCCACACCCACCACCGUCAGCAGCAGCGGGGCACAGAACAGCGACAGCACCAAGAAGACUCUUGUCACGCUAAUUGCCAACAACAAUGCUGGCAAUUCUUUGGUCCAACAAGGUGGACAGCCGCUCAUCCUAACCCAGAAUCCAGCCCCAGGUCUGGGCACAAUGGUCAGUCAACCAGUACUGAGGCCUGUCCAGGUCAUGCAGAAUGCCAAUCAUGUGACUAGUUCUCCUGUGGCCUCACAACCAAUUUUCAUCACUACUCAGGGAUUUCCUGUAAGAAAUGUUCGGCCUGUACAAAAUGCAAUGAAUCAGGUUGGGAUUGUGCUGAACGUACAGCAAGGCCAAACGGUUAGACCAAUUACACUAGUCCCAGCCCCAGGUACCCAGUUUGUUAAGCCGACAGUUGGAGUCCCACAAGUGUUCUCCCAGAUGACCCCAGUGAGGCCCGGCUCCACAAUGCCUGUGCGGCCCACCACCAACACCUUCACCACCGUCAUCCCAGCCACGCUCACCAUUCGCAGCACUGUCCCCCAGUCCCAGGCCCAGCAGACCAAGUCCACUCCCAGCACUUCCACCACUCCCACAACCACACAGCCAACCUCACUGGGGCAACUCGCUGUUCAGCCGCCAGGCCAAGCCAACCAGACCUCGAAUCCCAAGCUAGCUCCCUCCUUCCCCUCUCCACCUGCAGUGAGCAUUACCAGCUUUGUCACUGUGAAGCGACCUGGGGUUACAGGUGAAAAUAGCAAUGAAGUGGCCAAACUGGUGAAUACCCUUAACACCAUCCCUUCCCUGGGCCAGAGUCCCGGGCCAGUGGUGGUAUCCAACAACAACUCUUCCCAGGGCUCUCAGAGAACCAGCGGACCUGAGUCUUCAAUGAAAGUGACCUCUUCCAUCUCUGCGUUUGAUCUCCAAGAUGGUGGCCGCAAAAUGUGUCCACGGUGUAAUGCUCAAUUCCGUGUAACUGAAGCUUUGAGAGGUCACAUGUGUUACUGCUGCCCAGAAAUGGUUGAAUUCCACAAGAAAGGGAAGUCUCUGGAUUCAGAACCCAGUGCCCCGUCCGCAGCAAAGCCCUCAUCCCCUGAGAAAACAGUUCCCGUUGCUUCCACACCCUCUUCAACACCAAUUCCUGCUCUGUCACCACCUACCAAAGGACCGGAGCCAAAUGAGAGCGUGGGUGAUGCUGUCCAGACCAAGCUCAUUAUGCUCGUAGAUGACUUCUACUACGGACGGGACGGUGGCAAAGUAGCCCAACUCACAAAUUUCCCUAAAGUCGCUACAUCUUUCCGAUGCCCACAUUGUACCAAAAGGCUAAAAAACAACAUUCGAUUCAUGAAUCAUAUGAAACACCAUGUAGAACUUGAUCAGCAGAAUGGUGAAGUGGAUGGUCAUACUAUCUGCCAACACUGUUACCGCCAGUUUUCCACUCCCUUCCAGCUUCAGUGCCACUUGGAAAAUGUUCAUAGUCCUUAUGAAUCAACUACCAAGUGCAAGAUCUGUGAGUGGGCAUUUGAGAGUGAGCCACUAUUUCUGCAGCAUAUGAAGGAUACUCAUAAGCCUGGAGAGAUGCCUUAUGUUUGCCAGGUGUGUCAGUACCGCUCCUCACUCUACUCCGAGGUAGACGUCCAUUUCCGGAUGAUCCACGAGGAUACUCGGCAUCUGCUGUGCCCGUACUGCCUGAAGGUCUUCAAAAAUGGCAACGCAUUCCAGCAGCACUACAUGAGGCACCAGAAGAGGAACGUGUAUCACUGCAACAAAUGCCGGCUGCAGUUCCUCUUCGCCAAGGACAAGAUUGAACACAAGCUUCAGCACCAUAAGACCUUCCGGAAACCCAAGCAGCUGGAAGGCUUGAAACCAGGCACCAAGGUGACAAUCCGGGCUUCCCGAGGGCAGCCGCGAAGUCUCCCUGUCUCCGGUGAAGCUCCGCCCAGCACCUUGCAGGAGGCAGGACCCCUGACCUCGUCAUCGGACCCUCUGCCAGUCUUCCUUUACCCCCCAGUCCAGCGCAACAUCCAGAAGAGAGCCGUUAGGAAAAUGAGUGUCAUGGGCCGGCAGACGUGUCUGGAGUGCAGCUUCGAGAUCCCAGAUUUCCCGAACCAUUUUCCUACGUAUGUCCACUGCUCUCUGUGUCGCUACAGCACCUGCUGUUCUCGAGCUUAUGCCAAUCACAUGAUCAACAAUCAUGUUCCACGGAAGAGCUCCAAGUACUUGGCUUUAUUUAAAAACUCUGUGAGCGGAAUCAAGCUGUACUGCACUUCCUGUACCUUCGUUACCUUCGUGGGAGAUGCCAUGGCCAAGCAUUUGGUAUUCAAUCCCUCUCACAGAUCCAGCAGCAUUCUGCCACGAGCCCUGUCUUGGAUGUCUCACUCAAGGCAUGGCCAGACUCGGGACCGGCUGAAUGACCGGAACUUGAAGAAUAUGUACCCUCCUCCUUCCUUCCCGUCCAAUAAAGCUUCCACUGUGAAACCUGCCGAGCCCGCCCCCGCCGAGCCUGAAGAGCUCCCGGCGCCCACGGCCCAGGCCCUCCCGUCACCAGCUUCCACCGCCACCCCGCCGCCCACCCCCACGCUGCCCCCGCCGCUGGCCCUCCCGCCCUUGGCCGCGGAGGAGGCCGAGUGUCUGGAUGUGGAUGACCAGGACGAAGGAAGCCCCGUCGCCCAGGAGCCUGAGCCCGCCUCCGGGGGCGGGAGCAGCGGUGGGGUCGGCAAGAAGGAGCAGCUGUCCGUGAAGAAGCUGCGCGUGGUGCUGUUCGCCCUGUGCUGUGACACGGAGCAGGCGGCGGAGCACUUCCGGAACCCGCAGCGCCGCAUCCGCCGCUGGCUCCGGCGCUUCCAGGCCUCCCAGUGGGACACCCUGGAGGGCAAGUACCUGAGCUUCGAGGCGGAGGAGAAGCUGGCCGAGUGGGUGCUCACCCAGCGCGAGCAGCAGCUCCCGGUCAACGAGGAGACCUUGUUCCAGAAGGCCACGAAGAUCGGGCGCUCGCUGGAGGGGGGGUUCAAGAUCUCCUACGAGUGGGCCGUGCGCUUCAUGCUGCGGCACCACUUGACUCCCCACGCCCGGCGCGCCGUGGCCCACACGCUGCCCAAGGACGUGGCCGAGAACGCGGGCCUCUUCAUCGAAUUCGUGCAGCGGCAGAUCCACAACCAGGACCUGCCCCUGUCGAUGAUCGUGGCCGUCGACGAGAUCUCCCUGUUCCUGGAUACAGAGGUGCUGAGCAGCGACGACCGGAAGGAGAACGCCCUGCAGACGGUGGGCACCGGGGAACCUUGGUGCGACGUGGUGCUGGCCAUCCUGGCGGACGGCACCGUCCUCCCCACCCUGGUUUUCUACCGCGGACACGUGGACCAGCCCGCUGACGUGCCGGACUCCAUACUGCUGGAGGCCAAGGAGGGCGGCUACAGCGACGACGAGAUCAUGGAGCUGUGGUCCGCCCGGGUGUGGCAGAAGCACGCCGCCUGCCAGCGCGGCAAAGGCAUGCUGGUGAUGGACUGCCACCGCACCCACCUGUCCGAGGAGGUGCUGGCGCUGCUGAGCGCCUCCAGCACGCUGCCCGCCGUGGUCCCGGCAGGCUGCAGCUCCAAGAUCCAGCCCUUAGACGUGUGCAUCAAGCGGACAGUCAAGAACUUCCUGCACAAAAAGUGGAAGGAGCAGGCCCGGGAGAUGGCAGACGCCGCGUGCGAUUCCGACGUCCUGCUGCACCUGGUGGUGGUCUGGCUGGCCGAGGUGCUGGCCGUCAUCGGGGACUGCCCGGAGCUGGUUCAGCGGUCCUUCCUCGUGGCCAGCGUCCUGCCGGGCCCCGACGGCAACAUUAACUCGCCCACCAGAAACGCUGACAUGCAGGAGGAGCUCAUCGCCUCCCUGGAGGAGCAGCUGAAGCUGAGCGGGGAGCAGUCCGAGGAGCACCCGGCUUCCACCCCCCGGCCCAGGUCCUCCCCCGAAGAGACAGCCGACUCCGAGAGCCUCCACCAGCUCUUCGAGGGGGAGAGCGAGACCGAGUCCUUCUAUGGCUUUGAAGAAGCUGACCUCGACCUGAUGGAGAUUUGAGUGUCGGGGUCUGGAGGGCGGAUGAAGUGGGGGUGGGACAGCGUGAGGGAGGGCAGAGGGGUGUAGGGGAAAGGGGGUAUACCAGGCGGGGUAUUCGGUUUAUAUUUUUUAAUUUGAUGCCACCACUGCCCCUGAUGUUGACUGAUACUUCCCUGUGGAUUUGUGGAUUGUUAGGAAAACCAAUAGUAAUCACAUCUGAGCCGAGGAGCUGGCCCCAUUGGUCAUUCAUUUAUGAUAACAGGUUUUUGUGGAUUUUUAAAAAAAAAAAUUAAAUCACUGUGUUUGGUAUUUUUCUGACAAAACAAGAAAAGAAAAAAAAUCCUUUGUGGACGAAUGUUACCUUUUUUUGUUUCCCCUUUUACCUCAAUUGUAUUAUAGUACAUCUGGUUUGUUUUACUGUGUGGCCAGUGUCUGGGCAUGAUGCUAUCCAACCAUUGUCAAUUUGAGAACAUUUCUGAAGAUGGGAAAGAAAAAUUGUAGCUCACGAACUGGUUUAUUAUAUAUAAUGGAGAAACUUUUUUCAUUGUGGUCUUAACACUUUUAUAUAAAAAUGAAAAUGGAAAAAAAAAUCCCACUGAACUCUCCUCCUUUCUUACCUUCCCUCUCCAGAGAAGUUGGUUUCUACAGCAACUCGAUAUAAAAUUGUGGCUUUAAAAAUGCAUGAAACCACCUUUAAUCAACCAGAAUGAUGAAUAGAUCUUUUUCCUCACCACCCUCCCAACAAAAAACACGACAAAACCAAUAUUCUUUGAAACACUUGGGAUAUCUGGCCCCCUUUUCCCAUUCUCACACCAUCACUUUGGACAAAGGAUCAUACAUGUCAUUAGCAAGCGAGAGGUACGGAGGCAAUCAGAGUAUUAGGGCGGAAGCCAUUCCCGGUGUGGGGUCUUCGUCCUGCACACCCUCCGGGGGCAGUCCCUGCUUUGAACUUCAUCUUAAGUGGACAGUGCCUGACCAAGUGACCACAUUCCUACAGCCAGGAGCUAAUGGUGCAAGAAAUUAAGCGUUGAACUUUAAAAAGACAGACCACUUGCUGAAAUCCUGCUUUCUCCUAUUUCUCUUAAUGCUUAGUGAAGAAUCUGACCUGAAGAAGAAAUACAUGGGGGUGUGCACAGAGAAAAAGACACGAAUCUUUAUUUUUCACUGCCAGCAUCAAGGAAAGAAAACAUUUUUCUGCAGUUUGCAUGAGGGAUUUUUUUUAAAAAGUUGUAUGUACUCAUGGUUAUAAACUGAAAUGUACUGUAACAGAGAAAAGGAGCAAAAAUCCAGGCCCACCUUUCUUUCCCACAGCUACACCCUUCUGUCCACCCCGAGUCUCAGCAACGCUUCCUUCCUGACCUGCACAGGCCUGUGACUGGUUCAUCUUUAAAAUGUACGUGAGACAUUUAAUGAAGGGAAAUGAGUUUAUAAACAAUGCUUUUUUUCCUGGGUGCCCCUAUUCUAAUGGUUUUCACAGACUGGCAUGUGGGCCUGAUGGUACAGGUGUGACACUUGUUACCCCUGUUUGUCCUUUUUCGUUUUUUAACCCCAAACGGCUCUAAGAUAGUGAUCUGGAGGGAUCCCUCCCGUAAACACCGUGGCCAGCUUUGUGAACCCAUGGCAUCUAGACACUGAACCGAAGAUCCAUCCGGGCUUCUCUUCCCCAGCUCUUUGCCUGGUACCAUUUUGACAGAAUUACGGAAUUUUGAGUCAAUCCUUUGCCUUUCAGAAAGAUCAAGAACUAUGGUCAGCUCCACCUACAACGACCUAAUCCUUCUCUUUGGUAGUCUCCACAGCAGCCCAGACUUUGCACACGGAGUGACUUUCCUGAGGGGCAGUCUUUUUAAGACCGUUUUACCAACAGUGGGUCAGCUGAGUUUUGGCCAGAAAGUUAUUGUGGAUUCUGCCCACAUGGCUUAGUACAAGGUUGGGGUUUUUUGUUUUUGUUUUUUUUAUAUAUUUCAGUUUAAUCAAUAAAGUAUUUAUUGCCUA